CUACACUCGUCGCUGAUAACUCCACACUCCUCUAGUGCGAGUUUGGUACGCGUCGUGAGCAUUCGGGCGUUCUCCAACGAGCAUUCUCUGACGCAACAGAUAACAAAGGUAACAAUUUAAAUGAAACAAAUGGAGCCACCAAGCUACACGUCGCCACAAUACCCUUAUCCGCAACCACCACCAUCAAUGCCGCCGACAUCAAUGCCACCACCACCACACACGGUACACAUUGUAGCGGGAGGGGGCCUCGGCAAUGAGAGUCAGCAUAUGGUCUGUCCACACUGUCAUGCUAAUAUAUCUACGCGCGUAGAAUCGGAAGCGAACAUGAAAACACAUUUGAUGGCGGCGUUGCUCUGUCUGUUCGGAUGCUGGUGUUGUGCCCCGUGUCCUUACUGCAUGAAUUCUUGCCUAGUUCAGAAACAUUACUGUCCAGCAUGUAGUUCUUACCUUGGUCAAUCCGACAAUUAGUCAACUCUACUUACGAUAGAAAUAGAAGAUACUGCAGAAUUAUAUUACCAUCAGUCAGGAUAUACGAUUCGUAACCCAGAUAGCACACGUAUAGUUCUAUGAAUAUUCUUCUGGAGUGCAACAGAAUAUUCUACAAGUAUAUA